CUUUUAUUAUCAUUCAAUUCAACAUUGAUAAAUGCCAACAAGAAAUACUCAAAUUUUAAAAUUACUAUUAUGAAAUUCUCAUAAAUACUGUGAGUCAUUUAUGUGAAGCUAUAAUUGAAAGAAUUAGUAUAAGUACAAAAUGACUAAAUAGAUGCCUCCAGUCAAGAACAUAACAAAAUUGAAUUUCGUCCUUUGCAUUUGUAAUUUCUUAUCAUUAUUAUUUUAUUUAUUGUCUUCCAACUGUACCCGAAACAACAGAAACUCGGAUCCAAGUAAAUCCGAAAUUUCCUAACCAACAACAACCAGUCAGACCAUCACUCCUCCAAAUCACUCUCAUCAACGACUAGUAGGGGGCUCCAACGACCUCCAAUCUUCGAAAUAUAACUCGCUUCUUCCUCUCCUCCUUCAAGGAGACAAUCAAAACCCUCCAAUUUACAUAAAUGUCGUCCGAUUCAAGCUCCUCCUGCGGCGACGAUCCCAGUCCUAACCCUAAGCCUCUCGAGACCCAAUUCGGAUCGGUUACUAUUCAAGAAUCCAAUAACAUCGUUGAGAACGACGACGCUGGAAACGAUGAAGAAGCGGUUAAUGGAUCAGUGAACGAGAACGGUUGUCGCGAAGAAGAUAGUGACGUUCAAAUUCAAGCUCAAGAAGACAUAAUAGAGCUCGAAGAAAGCGGCAUUAGGAGAAACAAUUCGGAGGUGGAAGUGGAUUUACCGUCAAGCCCUAGCAGUAGCGGGUACGCCGGUGAGAGAGGCAGUAGUAGUGCCUCUAGUGCUUCCAGAAUUGGCGAUGCGAGUGAAGAUGAUCAAAUUCAGGAAAUUACGAAUGAUAAUACCGUCUUGGACUCACAAACAGCCUGGACGCCUGGGAAGCGACAUGUCGAUGAGGAUGAUGCUUCCAUUUCAUGGAGGAAAAGGAAGAAGCAUUUUUUUAUAUUGAGUAAUUCCGGGAAACCAAUAUAUUCCAGAUAUGGUGAUGAGCACAAGCUAGCAGGGUUUUCAGCAACAUUGCAAGCCAUCAUUUCCUUUGUGGAGAAUGGGGGGGAUCGUGUCAGAUUGGUUAGGGCAGGAAAGCACCAGGUAGUCUUUCUUGUGAAAGGACCAAUUUACUUAGUUUGCAUCAGCUGUACAGAAGAACCAUAUGAAUCACUAAGGGGGCAACUGGAGCUUAUCUAUGGUCAGAUGAUACUCAUUUUAACAAAGUCAGUGAAUAGAUGUUUCGAGAAGAAUCCGAAGUUUGAUAUGACACCCUUGCUUGGAGGAACGGAUGUUGUAUUUUCAUCUCUCAUACAUUCAUUUAGUUGGAAUUCAGCCACAUUUCUUCAUGCAUACACCUGUCUUCCACUAGCUUAUGCAACAAGGCAAGCUGCAGGAGCUAUAUUGCAAGAUGUUGCUGAUUCAGGUGUCCUCUUUGCAAUAUUAAUGUGCAAACACAAGGUUGUCAGUCUAGUUGGUGCUCAAAAAGCUUCUCUUCAUCCUGAUGACAUGUUGCUGCUUUCCAACUUUAUCAUGUCAUCAGAAUCAUUUAGAACAUCUGAGUCUUUCUCACCAAUUUGCCUGCCAAGAUACAAUCCCAUGGCAUUUUUGUAUGCUUAUGUCCAUUAUCUUGAUGUCGACACAUACUUGAUGCUGCUUACUACUAGUUCAGAUGCAUUUUAUCAUCUCAAGGAUUGCAGGAUUCGUAUUGAAACGGUUCUUCUGAAGUCCAAUGUUCUUAGUGAAGUUCAGAGAUCAAUGUUAGAUGGUGGGAUGCGUGUUGAGGAUCUGCCUGGUGAUCCAUUGCCUCGUUCUGGGACUGCUUCUCCCCAUUUAGGACAAUAUAAAUUACCAACUGAUUCUCCUGAGAGAUUCAGGGAAUCAUAUGUUGGCAUUGGUGGUCCUGCUGGGCUUUGGCAUUUUAUGUACCGCAGUAUAUAUCUGGAUCAAUAUGUAUCUUCCGAGUUUUCAUCACCGAUUAACAGUCCGCAACAGCAGAAAAGAUUGUAUAGAGCUUACCAAAAGCUUUAUACUUCCAUGCAUGAUAAGGCGAAUGGUCCACACAAGACUCAGUUUAGAAGAGAUGAGAAUUAUGUUCUACUCUGUUGGGUCACCCCAGAUUUUGAACUAUAUGCAGCAUUUGAUCCCCUAGCAGACAAGGCUAUGGCAAUAAAGACUUGCAACAGGGUUUGUCAAUGGGUGAAAGAUGUUGAAAAUGAGAUAUUUUUGUUGGGAGCAAGCCCUUUUUCAUGGUGAUAUCCCAAAAUAUUUUUGCAACACUGCAUGUAUACUAGUUUCGUUUAUUUUAUAGAAGUCUCACAAGUUUCCUCCCUACUCACUGUGAAUUUGCACAUGCUAACAGUUUAGCACCAACUUGGUCUGUUUUCCUUCCGAAAGGUUUGCUAUACUUGCGUGUUCUUGUUGUUGCCUCAAAAUUGUAAGAUCAGCCAUUUAAUUAAAACAACAAUUUCUAUGUACUAGUUCUUUUUCUUUCCCACAUAUAAGCGAGCUUCUGAUUAUGGUAGAUACCGGGAUCUAUGUAUUAGAGCAUAGAAACUAACCAUUGGAUUCUAUUAUUCUGUAAUGUAUUAUUUCACAUAGUACUAUUGUCUGUUCUUAGCAUUUAGUAAUUGUUGGUCAAAAGUUAAUUACACGAAUGGGAAGUUUACAUCUUCUGUGA